AUGCCGGAAUACCAACAUUGGCUGACGCACAAGGACCUUUACGGCGGCAUCUCCUCCGUGACAAUCAUGGGCAUGACGCUCGUAUUAAUACACGACAAGGAGAUGGCGCAUGAGCUCCUGGACAAGAUGGCGAGCAAGACUUCCGGACGGCCGAGCACGGUUAUGGCAAACAAGCUGUGUGGUUACGAAUCCAUCGUCGUUGCUCAAGGUUACACUCCCACCCUUCGCCGUUGUCGAAAAUACAUGCAUCAAGAGUUUGGCACCACCGUGUCCGCGGCUCGGUUCCGCGACACCCAGGAGAUUGAGAUAGGACGCCAGCUUGUGCGUACGUUGAAGGAGCCAGGAAAGUGGCUAGACCAUUAUAGAACUGCCGCUACCGCAACCAUCUUGAAGAUGGCCUAUGGCUAUGCCAUCGAGCCUCACCGGCCUGACGCAUUGGUUACCUUGAUGGAGAAAACGGUGCACGAGUUCUCACUAGCCGCUGUUCCCAUGGCUUGGGCAGUCGACAUUAUCCCCGCCCUCCAGUAUCUCCCCGAAAACUUCCCUGGAGCGGGAUUCAAGAAGACGGCAUCAGAGUGGCGCAAGUCCGUUGUGACAGCGGCGCAUAUUCCCUACCGCUUUGUCCAGAGCCAGAUGGCCGCCUUAACGCACCGGCCUUCGUACGUGUCGAGGCUAGUCGAACAGCUCAAGGAAGAAGGGGAUUCCAAGCUCGGCGGCGAGGACGAGGAAGCCAUUAUAUGGUCGGCGACAACUCUUUACGGCGCUGCGACAGAUAGCACCGUGGUUACCCUGACCACCUUCACGCUGGCCAUGAUCAAGUUCGAACACGUGCAGCGCAAGGCUCAGGAGGAGCUUGAUCGUGUCGUUGGCGCGCAUCGCCUGCCCACAUUCGAGGACCGUCCAAACCUACCAUACAUUAACGCCCUGGUUAAGGAAACCACCAGAUGGUGGUCUAUCACCCCCAUGGGUUUCCCUCACGCGGCUACCGAGGAUAUCGAAUUCAAUGGAUUCCACAUCCCCAACGGUGCCUAUCUUAUACCCGCCGUCUGGUGGUUUCUGCACGACCCACAGGUGUAUGCCGACCCGGAAUCCUUCGAUCCCGAUCGUUUCCUCCCGCCCCGCAACGAGCCUGAUCCGGCGACCGAGGUAUUUGGUUACGGCCGCAGAGUAUGCCCUGGCCGCUUCGUUGGGGACUCGGCCCUCUACCUCAACAUAGCCCAAUCACUGGCCGUUUACAAGUUCACGAAACCUGUCGGGAGAGAUGGGAAGAAAGUCGACGUGGAUGUGAAGCCGACACCGGGCAUCGUGGCCUAUCCGAGCGAGUUCGGUUUUCGGAUCGAGCCGCGGAGUGAGAAGUCCGAGGAGCUGAUCAGGGAGUUUGAGCGGCGCCAUCCUUUUGACAAGGGUGACGCUGAGCUUCUAGGGGACCCCAAUACGAUGAGGGUUUAG